GGCGCGUGCGUCGCCGAGUUAAAGGUCAGGCUUGGGCGGGAAGUGGCGACGGCGGUAGCGAGGAUGACCAAGAGGGCGAAUCCGUUUGGGGACAGCGCGCCGCUACAGUGGAAGAUCUAUGUGACCCAGCGGGAGCUGAACGAGGGCGUGUUCGGGGAGAAGUACAAGCGGAAAGUGUACGAAAAAACCAAGAGCUUGUUAUUCAAUGGAACCCAGGCUUAUAUGGGAGUCAUGUUGACUGGUAACAUGGAUGAGAAUUAUACAAUGAAUUCCAUGCAAGCUGAGGAUAAUUGCAGAAAAGCACCUGACAACUUGUGUAAUGGUGUUGAAGAACAUGACUUGCUCUGUGGGCAGACCUUUCUGGGACAAAAUGGACAACUUCUAAGGGGGUUGUCAUAUUUACAUAAAUCAUCAAUCAAGCCAGCAGUCACAAACUGUUUCAUCUGUCUGAAGCCAUCCAAUUUCAAAGGACCAUGUUCAAGGUGUAACCACUUGCUAUGCCAAGAUUGCACCAAAGUGUGUGACAACUGCACACAGAAUUUCUGUUCCAUAUGUUCAGUUGCUGAUGAUGCAGUUGAAGAUAAAGUGUUCUGCUAUGACUGUAUCUCGUGAAAGCAACUCCGUGGAAGAUUUGGGGACUGAUUUGUAUAGGAACGUUUUUGCAAUGAAGUGUGAUUUCCACUUGUGUGUACACAUGGAAGAAAUUCUACACUGUAAUAUACUAUUUUAAUUGUGUAUUUGUAUAAUAAAACUUUUUUAACUGUUUUGCAAAA